AAAGCGGUUCUAUUUUCAUUUCGUGAAUAUUCCUUCAACCUUGUUUGUUUUUGUUUUAUAUUUAGGGAUAACGUCGCAUAGUUUUAAUUAUUAAUUAUUUUGUCGCAUCAUUCAAAGAAUGUUACGUACGAAAAUUCAUAUAGCGCUGAGCGCUAUCGGCGCAUUCUUCGGUUUAUCAGCUUUUAUAUGUUUUUGUAUUAUUUGCGCAAAUAUUGAAGCUGGAAUGUGGGCGUUAUUAUCCGGUAUUCAUGCAUCGUUGACCUUGAUGCUCCAUUGUCAUUAUUUAAAGGAGUCUUUACAUGUGAACUUUUCAAGAAAGGCUCUACAAUACAUUGGAGAUUUUGGAAUGGUGGGCUUUAUAUCAGGGAUGGCACUGACAUUAUUCUAUAUAUUCCUUGAGAUUUAUUAUAAAGCAGAUAUUUUACCGAUAAAGUCUAGCAUCAUAAUAAGAAUGGUGUGGUCAUUUAUGAUGAUGAAAUGGGGCUUGAUGUUGUAUAUAUUUACGAAGAAAUAUCUGCGAACCUACAAUGAUCAUCAACUGUUCUCAGAAAAUCCUAACAUUGAAGAAACAUAAGAAUUUAGUUUAUUCAUAUUACAUACAAACCUUAUUGAGAAUGUAGAAGUAUGUUUUGCUUGCAAUUUUAACUUUUUUCUUUUUCUAAGAUUUUAAUUAUUGCUAAUGUAAUACAUAUAUUUCAAUGAGGUUUCUAAGUCAAAAUGAUUUUAAAAAUUUUUAGGUCAUUCACUUGAGUAUGAGUCAUAUGUUAUUGUGUAACUGGACAAAAUAAUAUAUCAGUUUGCCACAUAUAUUAUAUGUAUUAGUGAAAAGAUGAUUUUUUACUUAUUUCAUUUUUUUUGCUUUUUUCCAAAAUUUUCAAUUUCAUAAUAUACAAGUACCUGCUGUUUUUUUCUUAAUACUGUGAUAUUGUGUACUCUAUAAUAUGAGUGGCAAAUGGCAACAAGUGUAAUUUACACAGUAGUAAAUUAGGUUGGCUUUAUCUUUUUUUAUUUAUAUUUAUUUUAUAGCGACCCAAUGCUGACAUUAAAACUAUCUGAUAUCAUAUGCAUGUCUUAAUAAAAUAAAUAUAUCUUUUUAUGUCAUAGCAGUCAACUGAGCUGGUGGUUUGUAAUAAUAAGUGAUCACCACUGCCUUUCUACAUUUGCAGAGGUUGUGCCUUGUAUUUGUGGGCUGGCAAUGGUGAGGUAAAGGAAAUGGGCCCAUGCCUUCCCUACACACUGUACGAAACAAUAAUAUGCUAAUAUAUGCUUUAAUUAUGCGGCUCUGGUGUAGUACUUCCAGGGUGUGAGCUGGCCUAAUUCAUGCCGUGCAUGCUCGACUCAGACAUAUAAAAUGGUCUAUUAUAAUGCUUAUGUAGGUUGCAGGUUUUAUAAUUAUUAUAAAUUUUUAAUUUAAAAUUUAAAUUCGACCAAAACAUAUUUUUAUUGAAACUGGUUUAGACUUGUAUAUGCCAAAAAUAAUAUUAGUUAAAUAAUAUUUAUUCAAUAAUUAUUUUCUUUUUGGAAAAUUAAUUUCGCAGUAUUUUUUUGAAAAGGCUAAAGAUUUAUGUUAUUAAAAUUUAUUUGUGAACCCGUUAGUAUUGAUGUAGAAGUAUAGCAUAGAAAA